CCUCUACUUAAACUCCCACCAGCAACCUACCCACACAUCCCUACGCUAUGGCAGACGUCAAGGUAACAGCCCCUACCCCCGUUCUUCGAGACAGUGCUUAUCAGGGCCGACAGGGGCCCACGAUCGCCUCCAACAAGAUGGCCAUGUCCCGCGCCCUCGGUGCGGCGUUCCUCAACCACCAAGUCCAACAGCUGGAGAAGACAGUGUCCGACGUUGGACCUGGAGGUGCAAACUGGCGUGACCGGCGCACGCCCAAACACUUUGACCGACAAGGCCACAACGAUGGGAAGCGCCCCCGUGGCGCUCCCACCAAACCGGCGUGGAAGCGGGACGGGGAGAGCACGGAGAUAGACAGCGAUGAGACGGGCAGACAGGGGGGCGGGAAAGUGGAGAAGGACGCGGACGUCAUCGUCGUCGACGCCAGCGUGCUCGUCCAUGCGAUCAACCAGGUGAAGAAAUGGUGCCGUGAGGGUCGGGAGGAGAUCGUGAUCGUGCCGCUCGAGGCCCUCAACACCCUCGACCUACUCAAGAAGGGCAUGAGCUCGCUGGCACAGAGGGCCCGUGCGGCAUCCCGCAUUCUCGAGGCGCAGGUCGGGACGAACCCGCGGAUCCGAGUGCAGCGUGACGAUGCAUUCGUGCUGUGGGACGGGGUCUUCGACAAACAGGUGCCACCCACGAGUUCGCCGGAGUGGGUUCGCCGAACAAUCUGCUGUGCGCGUUGGGAAAUCGACCAUGUCGCAGACGAGGUCGAUGCGUUCGCCACCAACGCGGGCCCCGGUGGCAAUCAGCCCCGCGUCGUUUUAGCUGUGCUCUCUCAGGCUCCGGAGGCGCAAUCCGAGGCUGUCUUCAUACCGGGCAACCACCUGUCAGCGUCCCCAGUCCCCCUACCCGCGCCUCAGACGAACAGGCAUGAGCCGCGCUCCUCCGGGGCGCUGGUUGCAUUGUGGGCAGCCAAGGCAGGCAUCGAGGUCCUCGAGGUGCCUCCCGCUCCGUCUGGUGGAAACACCACCAGUCGCAACACUUCUCCUGGUGGCGACGGGCGCCGCUCACCUCAGGCCACCCGGCGCUCCAACGAGGAGGACCGUGCAAAGCGAGGCGGGCGCCGGAACUCUCACAUGCGGAACGGAGAACGUGGGGGCACCCCUGUUACCGUGCGUCCUAGCACUGGGACUGGCCUCGUGGAAAGGCCACCUGCCGUCAUGGCUAUGAUGGAGGCGGUGGCUCAGCCGAGUCGAGUGGUUCGUGUCCUUGCGCGUGGAGAGAAGCUCGAGCCAGACACAUGA